AUGAUGGCCCGCGCGGACUCCGAUAUCCACAUUCCACCUGUGGUGAAACAGCUCGCUCCUUACGUCAAGUCCCGCCAGGAAGCUCUCCAGAUCCGCCAGGCAUUAACCUCUUAUCUGCGCUCCUUUAUCGUCUUCAACGAGUCCGACGACUCUGUUCAGUCCCACCUCUCCUUGAAUGCCCCGACCGGGGCUAUCGCAGACGUCAAUCGCAUCCCUCUCGACCUCCCUGGGCUACGAAAGGAUUACCUGAAGGCGCUAGCGGCCAAUGUUGCAGCUCGCAAAGAGUUCGCCGCAGCGACUGACAAUGUCGCGGCCCUGAGACGCCGAAGGACCUCCCCGGACCGCCCCUGCAAUGACGACCCCCAAGAACCCGGUGCCGAACUGCGGGACUACCUGGCUCUCCUGCGUGAUCGACGUCGCCUCACCAAGCUUCAGGCAUUUCAACAAUAUCUAGAAGAAAUCAAAGCGCGAGAUACUGGUACACUGGGGGAUUCUGGAUAUGCCGAGGAGCAACCAAUGUUGCCGGAGGUAGAGGUGGGACAGGAUCGUGCCGGUACAAAUCUGGAUGAGCUUGUGCAUAGUCUUGAGAGGGCGGUCGUUCGCGCCAAAUCUCAAUUGGAUCGCCAGAAGCAGCUUUUCGAUAAAGCCAAGACCCAGCAUGAUUCCCGGAACGAAACCUCCUCUGCCACAAUCUCCCCGGAUGUCAAAGUCCAAGCUUUACAAAAGGCCCGGGACGAGUUGGUCCAAUGGGUGGAACAACGGCUAGUUGGCCAAGGAGAUCCAGAUGAGAGCGUGCUUCAAGAGCUUCCCCCAGAAGAGAUCGAAGCAGCCCAGCACGAGCUAGAAGAAUGCAAGGCAGAGAUUACAAAACAGUAUGCCGUAUACGUCGAAGCCCGGCGCGAGCUCCUCGAGGCUGCCUCCAGAGCCUGCCAACCGGUCAAUGUGGCACCGAAGCCAUCAUCACGCCCCAGCAAAACUGAACUCGUUCCGGUAGAGGUCCCGCCACCAAAUGCCAUAGAUGUUCUGUCUUAUGUAACCGAGAACCUCUUGCCGCUCUCCAAGGGCCAAAAAUCGCUCUCCCUCCAGAGGUCCUAUUUAUCUGGAUUACUUUCCAAAGAAAGAUCAACUACCCUUCGCGCGCUUAAUCGCCUCAACGAUGAGUCCCAUCUACUUCCGGAAUAUCCCAUCCAUUCUCGUCAACAGCGACCUAAGCAUGCUGCCAGCUUCCGCACCCAGGCCCAACCGCUCCAAGCCCAGAACCAACCCGAGCCGAGUUCGGACGAGGUCGUCAGACUUGCCGAGGCGUGGGCCUUUGCUGCUGAUGCUGCUGGCACCAGUGGACGUGAAUAUGUACAGCAAAAAGUGGCCCUGGGUACGGAAGUUGCGCAGGAUGCUCGACAGACUCUGGUUGAUGUUUACGGGACUCUCAAUCAGGACCUCGAUGAGGUCAUGAACGGCCAGAAGCGGGAUGUGUCAAACCCCACUCGCUUGAGAGGUGGGUCUCGGAUUGAGAAGCGACCGACUGGUCCCUGGUCUCAAUUGAAUGGGAAAGUGGGAGUUGAGUAG